AUGGACUCGAGCCUCCAGCCCCUCCAAGGCCUGUAUCGCCCCAACAACCUCAAAGGUCUAUACUACGGUCCCAAUGUCGUGAAGAACCACCUGCUCGCAGCCCUCCCGACCGAAAACUCCAAAGCGUUCAUCAUCACGGGUUCCUCCCUCGCGACCAAGACCCCGCUGAUCAAAUCGCUCGAGGAGCUCCUCACGCCGACCCACCACGCCGGCACGUUCAGCAACAUCCGCGAACACGCGCCCAUCGCGCAACUUGACCAGGCAACCGAGAUCGUCAAGCAAGACGAAACGAUCGACACGAUCAUCUCCGUGGGAGGCGGUUCACCCAUCGACUCGGCCAAGGCGAUCGCGUACCGCGUCAACGAAACGAGCCCGGACCACAAGAAGUGGCUCCUCCACAUCGCCAUCCCCACCACGCUCAGCGCCGCCGAAUGCACAGCCGCAGCGGGCUACACGCGGGCCGACGGCGUCAAGACCGGCAUCGCUCACCCCAAUACGUACCCUCAAUACAUAUUCUAUGACGCCACAUUUGGGUUACAUACGCCUCCUAGCCUGUUCCUGUCCACGGGGUUCAGGGCCCUCGACCACGCGGCCGAGGCCCAGUAUCAUCCGACCGCGACGUGGGUUCCGUGCCGGCUCCUCGCGCUCAACGCCGUCGGGGAAUUGUUCCGCUUGUUGCCGAAAUACAAGGCCGAUCCCUCGGACCAGGACACCAUCACGGGUCUGUUCCUCGCCGCGUAUGCGAGCUUGGCGUUCUUUGGGCUCAAUGUCAGGGGCCCCUUGGGGCUGAGUCACCAGCUGGGAUACGCGCUGGGGAGUCCAUACGGGAUCCCCCAUGGAAUCACGUCGUGUUUGACGCUGGGGCACGUCGUCAAGCUUAAGGCGCGACAGAGUGCCGAAAAUGCAGAAAACGUCGCUGCUAUCCUGCCCUACACCGGGGCCGGGCAGAGGAGCGGUGAUAAUCUCAGGGACAGUGAUGCUGUGGGGGAUAAGAUUCUAAGCCUUGUGGAAGAGAUGGGGUUGAAGACGAAUUUGACGGAGAGGGGCGUGGGCAGGGAGCAGUUGGACGUCAUCUGCGCGAGGGCGACGGGUGGGUUGACGCCGGAGAAGGAGAAAACGCCACAGGACGAGGAGACGUUGAAGGCCGUCAGAGCUUUGGUGGAGAAGUUGUGGUGA